GUUUUGACUACCAUAAUGACGUCGAUAAGUAACAUUCGAUUGCUUACCUUCUUCUCGGUCAAAUUGCGGUGAAAUCAGCCCAUUACUGUUUGAAACUAGCAAGUGACACCAACGAACAAAACAUACACAGAUGGUAUCGUUAACAAGCCUUGGGCUUAAGCUCAAAUCGAGAGAUUCGCCGCCGGCAAAGGCAGAUUCUGAUGUAGUUUGCGAGGCGUUGAUGAUGGAGUUGGAGUGUCAAAUCAAAGAGAUCGAGAGGAUUAACCGAGAAGGGGAAAGAGAAAAGAAGAGAAUGGCGAACAUAGCGGACUAUUCUUGGCUCAUAUCGACGCCUCAAAAAUCGUUUGAAAUUCCUCAGAUGGAGCGCCUUGCUCUUGAGGAGUUAGCCUCAAAAGUUCGACCCGAGGACAGUGGGAACGUAAUUUCCGAGUUCAGAGGUAUUGUUGAAGGUAUACCGCGAGACGUUAAAGAGAUACCCCAAGUUAUGCGGUGUAUAAUCGAUAAGCAUUUGUUAGAGAGAUCGCAACAUAGCGAGGAGUCGACAUUUCGAUGGUUAACGCGUAGCAUGUCGCAGUUAAGAACUUUAUCGAACCACACAUCAGGGAAAGUGUACCCAGCUACAGACGACCUUGAACUUCAAGAACGUCCUGAACCAAGGCGAGUGAAAAGUAUGUCUGACUUCUCCCGUUCGAGAGAACUAAAUAUGUCUGUAUAACUGCAUACUUCGAUGUUCAAUGUUGAUAGUAUAUUGUGUUCGGUUAUCUGUGACUGUUAAUGGUGAUCCGUAAAAUCGUGCCUCUUUUUCGUGUAACCCAAUUCUUCAAGGAAGUAUUUGAUUAACUAUUGAGGUAGAUUUAUUUAAAGAAACAUACCUAAACCUACAACAAUGCCUUUUGCAAAUAUUUUGAUAUAGUGCUGUUGACUGCGAUAGGUGCCAUUCUUUGAUAUAAUUGUUUUACCUCUUCCAUUGGCUCAAAGAUUUUUAUAUCAUAUCAAAAGGGGAUAGAAUUUGGCAGUGUACAUGCAUCAAAAAUUAAGGCGAUCAUAAAAUUGCUUUUGUGGUGGUAACAAAAUUUUUUAUUUAUUACAGGACUGUCUGAGUCAUGAGAGUAUUGUUAUUUAUGUUUUAAUAGAGUCCUGUGGAUGAAUAUUUUGUUUUUGUAAAGAUAUCACUAUUUACUGGUCAACUUGAUUUUUUUCUGU